AGUGUUCACUUUUUCCAGUUUUUACAUCUAGAUCCAACUAAUAUAUAAAAUUGAAUUAAUUAAAAAAAAAGAUGAGUUCUACAUUGAUGCCUACGAUGUACAUGAAGGAUGAUGGUGAACUGCUGUACACAACCCUCGUCGGAAUGGUGAUGGCGGCAAUAUUUGCUACUGGAUUCCACGAUAAUGUCGAUCAAACGCUGACCAACUUGGCUCCUCAAGGCACGACCUACCCAUUCCCAUCUCACACUCGGCUUCCAGCAGCGAAACUGGCAUCAGCAAUUGCUGGAUUCCUUCUCGGAGUUUUCUUCUGGACUUUGAUGGGCCUCAUUAGAUGGAGUCUCGUUAGAAAGCUUCUUACUUACAGGGACUGGCUGAAUUAUCCAAAAGCUAUGAAGACAAAGUUCUGGAUGCUCUCCUUAAAAAUUCUCGUACCACGGAAAAAGGUCAUGUACGCUUUUCAACAUGUGUUGCCAAAGUAUCCGCUACCAAGGUUGUCAGACACCUGUAGAAGACUCUUAGAAGUUUUCCAACCUCUGGUAACAGAAGAAGAAUUCAAGCAAAUGACGGACGAGAUGCGAGAGUUUGAGAAGGGAGAAGGCCCAAUGCUGCAUGCUAUGCUGGAGAAAAAGUAUCAAACAGAGGAAAACUGGGUUGCUGAACUGUGGGAUAAUUUUGCUUAUCUUUCCCAACGGACGCCGAUCGUCGUUAACACGAGCAUAGGGUGCCUAACUGCUUUGAACAAAACAACAUUGAAAGCCUGUCCUGCUGUCAAACAAGUUGGAAGAGCUGCAAGUCUUGCUUACUCUUAUCUUACCUUCUACGAGAUGAGGAAAAAUAAUACACUUCCUUCGAUUCUUGUACUCGACCUGGUUCCUAUCUGCGCUCAUCGAUACAAAUUCUUGAUGGCCUGCACCCGAAUACCUGGCGUACAAAUGGAUGAACUGAAAUGUUAUGACGAUUCCAAGCACAUUAUUGUAUUCAGGAAAGGAAUAAUGUAUCGUCUUGAAGUGUAUGGUCUGACACCUAGUGGUGAAGAGAAGUUAAUCCCGGCAGAAGAAAUUCAACGUCAACUUGAAAUAAUCAUGGACGACACAGCUGAUAUCAAAGAAACUGCGCAGAAUCCGUCUCUUUUCACUGGUCAACCUAGAGCUGUAUGGGCCAGGGAUCGGGAAAGACUUCAACUGAAGCGAGUCAAUGCUGUUAGUCUACGAGACGUUGAAAGUGCAAUAUUCCAUGUCGUGUUGGAAGAUACCAGGCCUGGGAACCUCACAGAAGAAGCCUGGUUCAAUCUAUGCAGUCAAGGUUACAACUUAUGGUGCGAUAAGAGCAUGACCAUACAGGUACACGAAAACAGCAGAGCCGGCCUACAUUUUGAACAUUCGACUGCAGACGCAACUUUAUACGGCAGACUUCUGGAAUUCGCUUGGAACUAUGCAAAAUAUGAUUCCCAAGGCAAUGCAGUCAGUGGAGGCUCGGAGGCUGUUGUGAGGCCAGUUCACGUCUCUCCUCCCCAGAGAUUGGAAUGGGAUUUAUCACAAUUUACUCAGGUUAUUCCGAAGUAUGAAGCCGAUCUAAAUAAACUAUGCAAUGAUGUUGAAGUGAAAGUGUUCACUCUAUUCCACGGCAAAGGUACGAUGAAAAAAUGCAGAGUCAGUCCCGAUGGAUUUAUGCAAAUGGCUCUUCAACUUGCGUUCUAUAGAAUGCAUAAAUCUACACCGAAAACGUACGAAAGUGCAUCUACAAGAUUCUUCAAGUAUGGGAGAACUGAAACUAUCAGAACUGUCUCAAUGGCCUCAGUUGCUUUCACAAAGGCAAUGGACAACCCUAACGUUUUGCAAUCUGAGAAAGCUGCAUUGCUGAAGAAAGCCAUUAACCACCAACACAACUAUAAACUACAAGCCAUGAAUGGCCAAGCUUGUGACAGACAUAUGUUUGGGUUAUAUAUUGCUGCUAAGAUGGCCGGAGUUCAACCACGGAUAUUCCAAAAUAAGGCCUUACUAUCUCCAGACCAGCUCUCGACUUCACAAUCUCCAUAUUCUUUCGACUCCGAUAUUCUCAAAACGAUGCCAGUGUUCCCGUCUGGAGGAGUAUUCGGACCACAACGCCCAGAUGGUUACGGAGUUUAUUACCUAUUUCUGGCUGAUGACGCAAUGACAGUCUAUGUUUCGUCGAUCAAAUCCUACCCUGAAACUGAUUCCACACGCAUGGGAGAGGAAAUCCUAAAAGCAAUUGAUGAUAUCAAGGAAUUACUCGGACAAAAAAGACAAAAGUGAACACUGAAUAUUCCCACAUGGCUUGGAUUUUUACAUUUAUCAUUUUGUUUUUCAUUUCAUGAUUGUAUGUUAGGUUACCAAUUUAAUGAGUUUUAAAUUAGGCCAUUUUUUGUAUAGAUUGAGUGUAAUUCACGGUUCCCCAAACUUUUAACACAUAAUGCAUUCUCUAUAAUUUUGACUUCAAAAACUUUGGCAAAUCUUUUUUAACUGUUUUAGACCGCUGAGUCAAUUUAAUGCUUUUUUAUGUUUUUUUGGAAAUCAUGAUUUCAGUUUUCAUCAGCAGUUUCUAGCUCCAGUAUCAAAUUAGAGCAGUUGUUCCCAAAUUGCAAACUGCGGGCCAAUUGAUAUGACCUCCCGAACGUAAGUGAAAUAGUUUAACACUCCAUGUUUUUCCUUUGUUUUCCUGUUAGCGCCAAUUGUUACAUCAUCACAGUUUAGAAUGUGUAUAUUCGUAACAAUUCAAUUAUACCGGUAUCCUCGUUACUAGUAAAGGUAUCGACCCCUUGCAGGCAUUCCCUUCUCUUGACUCGCAAAUAUCCUUCUGAUUUGCCCCCGGUCAAUCAACUUUGGAAACUUAUACUUAUACUUAUAUAUACUUAUAACCACUGGGUGACAGAAUUCAAACUCUGACCAAGACCCCUCUGUCUGCUAGUGUGUUGAAAUAGUUAUUAAAGCUUUUUUUUGCGUUUGCGUAUCAUUUUGAAAUAUUUUGAUAAAUGGUGAAUAGGUUGUUUUUUUUAUAUGAAACUAGAAUUCUAACAAAACCAUGUUUAUUCGAAUUGUCGAAAAAUUUUGAGAUUCCAAUGUUUAAUUUGAAAACUACUUUAAAGGCUACUUGUCAAAAACCUAUUUCACAGUUACUUCGCCAACAUUUCUAUGUUUUUAUAUACCUACAUAAUUUGGGAUCUUUUUACAUGCUUUUUUCUACUUGUUUACUCCCUACUUCCCUAAGAUUUUGUUUGAGCAAUUAUUAUUUUGAGUAAUUAAACAUUCACAGUUUGACCAAAAGCCUUUUCUUUAAUUUCUAAAAAAUCAAUAUAAUAAUUGAAACUAGAUAACCGAUCUGCAGUUUCGAUUCCUUUGCUCUGACUCAAUAGCAAUCAAUAGCAAUUUCAUCCAAAAUCAAUAGGCUUCUGGUACGAGAUAUGAUGAAGGCACAUGCAAAAUUUGGAGCAGAUUCAACCUCACUUUCGUGAGAUAUCGCGUAACAUACGAACGUGUCUAACAGACAAAUACCUAUCAACAUACUUACCGAUCGAAACCGAUAAGUAAUCACUGUAUAUUUGUAAGCUUUUGUUGGGUAAUAGUCUCUAACUUCUUCAGAUAAAACAAGAUAUAAUUUAUAGCUCAUUCAUGAAUCUUAUCGAGUUUUAUAUGGAGAAGUCAGACUAUGAUUUCAUAAAAGUUUAUGAAUAUAUAGGGUGAUCCGAAAAAAACGGAACUUAGGCCAUUUGGAAUAUAUUGCAUGGGUUCUGCUUUUUUGGGUCUUCCAGUAUAUACUUGAUAUUUUGUUGGGAGAGAUAUGUAAUUCCUAUUUUUACAAGAAGUUAUGUAUUUUAUUAUUGUUGGAUUUUUUCUGUUUCUCGAAUGCAAAAUCGAAUGAAAAUGAAUAUUUUUUCCAUUGUUGACACCAUGUACAUCCUGGGGGGAAAACACCGGCUACCUUUCACUCAAAAUAGUGUUUAGUGACACCAUGUGAUCGUGGAACAGAUGUGACUUGCUCAGCUAGGCUUAUUACUGUCAUUCCGAACUGCGAAAAUUUGUAUGUAGUAUGAUAAAAAAAGCUACAUAACGCAGUAGAGAAAUAACAAAUUCAAUUCGAUGGCUGUUAUUUUUAGCACCCAACGUAUCGUUGAGUUUGUUCAGUUAUGGUAUAAGAUUUACAUUUCUAUUCUGGGGAGAGAAUAAGCCAAUAAGAUUGCUUAUUCAUAUGGUGUACCGCGGCCUCUUGUCAUGUUACCAGUUCAUGUCGGGUGUGGAAAUAGUUGGUCAAUUAUUAGUUUUCUGGUUCAUAGACUUGAGGGUGGAGGCAGCUGUCGAGUAAUCAGAGAUGGCAAGCGUAUUCCUAAUGCUUAUCAUGAUGCGCUUAUUUGUACGUGUGUGAAUAACAAGGUUGUACUGUUUGUACCUCGGAGGUAGACUUUUAAAAAAAAAAAUUGUAGUUUCACAUUAUUUUCACAUAUUCUUAUAUAUAUUUCUAGAUAAUUUUGGAUCAGCAUGAGAUUUUAUUGAGAUGAUAUGAAUACUUCUGACCUCACUUUGAGCAGUUAUGUCAUUUCCUUAGUGCUGUAGUGAAUUUUGAUGUUUUUAAAUAUUAAUUAACAAUUAAUUUGUUUUUCCGAUGUCAUCACACCAUGGAGCUGAAUAAUAGAAAUGUAAAAUAGCACUUGGGGGGGUUUCUGAAAAAAACUUCGCUCUGCCUUUCAAUUUUUAUUGUAUCAAGGUUGACAAGACCCCCAAUUUUCAUAUUUAUGUUGCUAAAAUGGUGUGUUUUGUUUUAAAAAAGAUAUUGUAUUUUGAGAGUGGGUUAUUGGGUUAGGUUUUUAUAAGGUUUAACAGGAAUUUGUUUAGUGCUUUUCACCUUUCUAAACAAGACUCGCAUCACUGGACAUUUGGAGCUGCUGUGUUUUGAAAUGUGAGCGUAUUGCUAAAAUGGUGCGUUCUGUUUGGGAAUAUUUUGAAUAUCAUUAUUACUGUAUAUCUGGGUGUUUGGCGGUUAGUCUGUUUAGCGUUUCACACCUCUUGUUUGAAAUAAUGAAGGCAUCCAUUUGGGGUUACUUUGUAUUGUGUUUGAAAGAAAAUGUAGCAAUGAGCCCAUGAGGGUAGUUUGUAUCAAAAAUUUAAGCAUCCUACAUGCAAGCACUCCCAGAAUCAAUCUCGUUGUGAGCAUAUUACGUUUAAAUUUUUCAAGCAUUGUGUGGUUUCACCGUUUGGUUUAAUCAUGCCUAUGCCUAUACCAGAUAUUCUUAUUUUAAUAUUCACAUUCACAAAAAAUUUUCCCUAUUUGUAAUUUUUGCUCCAGUGAUACAAACUUAUACUAUCAACAUGUAUAAAUUCUUGUCCGAAUUUCAAAAUUGUUCCCAAAUUUCAUUUUUCUAGAGAAAUUUCAUCUUGUGUUUUUAAUACGGAAUGAUUUUGCUUGUUUUUUGUUGAGAUAUUAUUUAGCUGUUUGUUCAUAAAUUUGCAGAGACGAGUCUUCUUUACUUUAGGGCAGUGGUUCUCAAACUUUUUAAUCCGUGCCCCAUUUUUAGUAUUUGUCAAGUCUCGCGCCCACCUCAAAAAUAAUUAGCUAACAAUAGGCUACAAAUAACAGACAGUAAGGCGAAAGUAUGUUUUAUUCAAAAACGCAUGGAUGGAACGUAAAUAUCCAAAAUAAAGAAAUGUAAAUAUCCCAAAUAUGGCGGGCAAUAUCAAUUCUAACAAAUAUUUUUAUUCCUAAUUGGUUCACGCCUCAAAAAAUUGUCUACGCCCUUGUGAGACACGCCCAUCGUUUAAGAACCACGGCUUUAGAGUGAAUGUGAGCAUGCCACGACCUCACUAAGAGUACUAAAUUGCGUUGUCCUUCAUAAAUCAGCAACUCUGCUUUCAGAGAACCUUUUCUGGAUCGAAAAGCGCUGCAUUGAAAAUAGGAGAUGGGUGGCUACAACAUUAUCAAGUUUUUAGACUAAUUAUAAACUACCACACCCAUGUACUAUGCUUUUAUAUCUAUUUUUAUGUUUGUGCCUUGUAUUAUUUUACCAUGGAAUAAUUCAUUUUAUAAUUUUCAUUGUACCUAUGAGUUCGCCUAUUAGUAUAUUAGUUUCAUUUUAGAUUGUACACCCAUGUAAAUAACUCCUAAAAGUUUUAAGACAGAACGGCAAAUAUUGACGUUUAAACAAAAAACUUAUUUGAGAAGAUGCAAAAAUAGAUGCUUUAUAAACUGGUACUAAUCACAGUUUGAAACAAUUUUCACCAAAGUAUUCAGUAAAAGUUACAGGAGUUUAUAUAGAAAUACUGUAUCCUAAAAAAUAUUUUUGGAAAACAGCUCUUCGGGGUUGGAGCCCGGUAAGUCUCUCCUAUAAUGAUUUUCUUAACUUAGUUUUGUUGAAGUUUACUCUGGUUUGCAUACCCUUACAUAAAUUGUGAUGCAUAAGAAGGCAAAACUUGAAAAAUCUUUUUUGAGAGAAGAUGUAUAUUUUUGUUUCCAUGGAAAUAUGUUGGGGAAUAUUGCUUUAAACCAGCGGUUACCAACCAGGGGACAGAGCAGUUGGGAGGGGGACACAGAUGCUGGAUGCAGAACUGAUUAUACUUUUCACUUUACAACAAAGUCCCCGUUCUUCCCAGUUUAUUGCUUGAUAAGGUUAUUUCACAGAAUGUUUUCACUUUUUUGUGCAGAUAUUAUUUGAACAUAAUGGGUUUUAGAAUCUUCAAAACAAAAUAACAUGAUAAACAGGGGCUCUGCAGAAUGGGGCCAUAAAAGGUUGGGAUACACUGCUCUAAACUAUGACAGAAUACCAGCUUAAAAAUACCCUUUUUUUUUAAUUGAAAAUUUUAACAUUUGUCUAUUUGUCUUGAAACUCUUGCUAUGUCUUACAGCACCCUAAGGAUGUCUAAAUUGACAUAUCAGUAUUUGGAAUCCCUGAUUUUAACUUAGUAAAACUCUCUCAAGUCAUGAUUUGCUUUCCCUGAUAUGAAUGGAAUUGUGGAUACUCUCAGAGUAUAUGCACCAGGGAUUAGGCAAUCAUUUUAUUCCUAUUUUUAUCUUGAGCUUUCCCGUUGAACUGAGAAUAUUUUAGUUCUAUUACGAGUUCGGGUACUGUUUUGUGUUAGCCAAGUGAACAUACUGCUGCCCGAAGGUUUCAGUUCUUUACACAACUUGAUGUAAAGUAGGCAAACGAAAUUAAUUAUCUCCAUAUUGGUACAUACUUCUAGAGCACCGCAUUGUGUGUACUUUGUUGCUUCUCUUAUUUUAGGGAUGUCCAAAAUGAAUCCCAAUUCUAAUCAUUUAUAUUUGCUAUUCGAAAUUCUUGAUUUCAGGAUCUGGAUUAGUCCCAUUCAAAACAUCAUUAAGAGCAAAUUAUGUUAUGUUUAAAUUUCAUGCGUUAGGAAGCAUUUUGUUUGAGCAAUUAAAGUCUCACAUUAAGGGCAAAAAAGCCCUUUAGUCAAUUUCUGAGAAUUGAUAAAUUCAAAUAAUAGUUAAAUCUGUGUUUAUCUUGACUUCCCUGCACUUUUAGAUUAUUCUGACUAGUCAUGCAUCAUCGAUACUUAACAGGCGUUUGCAUGGUUUUAAUGACCAAUUAAUUUCAGACAGCAUGGGUGCAUUUUAAAUGUUUGUGUAUAUUCAAGCCUAUUAUUUUACGCAGUUUGUGUUACCUUUGAUUUUACCAUGAGUACUGAAAUCAAUAAAGUAUUUUUGCAUGCAUGUAGA